CUUAAUAUUUCCAAAAAAAAAAAAGGAAAAAGGAGUGGUAUGUGUAAGUGAAAAUGAUAUACAUGUAUGCAUUCAUCAUCGUUGAGCUGUAAGCUUUAGUUGUUGCAUUCGAUUGUAUCUAUUUUCUUUCACUCUCUCUUUAGCAGCUGUAUAUCAUGAUUUCUAGCGGUGUGAGUUUGUGAAUAUUAGCUCCAAUUCUUUUAAGCUGUAUUAUUCAAACUCGGAUGUUGGUCUUAUAUAUGCGUAUGUGUUUAGUAUGAGCAUAUUCAGUAUUUUUUUCAUGAUCAUCUCUUCGUAUAUGUGUUCGAAUAUGUGUUGGAUAUAACUGUUAGGCAUGAGCAUUUCAAAAAAGAAGAGAUGAAGCAACAUAACUUUUAGAUACUACAAGUCUUGUAUAUAUGUAAUUAUAUUGUUAUUCUAUCUAGGGAAAUGAACUCUUACUUUGAGCGCGGAUGCUUUCUUGAAGAUGAAAAAUUAAGAUUACUUAGAGUCUUUUGUCACUCAAAUUGUUGUGAUCUUGUAUAUCUUUCUAGUGAGCUACGGCUUUUAGAUUGGACGGGAUAUCCUUUCAAAUCCCUACCUUUAAGCUUCAAACCAGAAAACCUUGUUGCAAUUCUCCUAUCUUAUAGCAACUUUGAACAACCGUGGAAGGAAAACAAACCCAUGCAUAAGUUGAAAGUGAUCAACCUCCAAGGGUCUGAAAACUUGAUCAAGACACCAAACUUCAAAAUGGCCCCAAAUAUUGAAAGUUUGGUUUUGGAAUGUUGUACUAGAUUAGCGUAUGUUGAUCCAUUCGUUGGAGUUCUUAAGAGGCUUAAGCUUUUGAAUUUAAGAGGCUGCAAAAGUCUUAGGUGUCUUCCAACCAAAAUUGGAAUGGAAUCUCUUGAAGAAUUAAUUCUUUCAGGUUGCUCAAAUCUUAAAAGCUUUCCGGAGAUUGAUGGUAAGAAAUGUCUGCUAAGACUUUAUUUAGAUGGAACAAACAUUUAACAACUUCCCCCAUCAAUUGGACAUCUGAGAAGUCUUGUUUUGUUAAAUUUGAAAGAUUGCAGGAACCUUGUGAGUCUCCCAGGGAGCAUAGGUGGGUGUACAAGUUUAAAAACUCUUAAUCUUUCUGGCUGUUAUAAAGUUGAAAAUUUGUUGGUGUUAUAGGCAGUUAGCAAGCUGGUUUUGGCUUGCUUGAUCAGCAAGCCUCGUGGCUUGGGAAAGAAACAAAAGCAGAAAAUGCCUUAAAAGAAAAACAGAAUAAAAGCAAAGGAAAAAUGGGAGAGCAUUUGAAUGAAAAACAAGCUAAGAUUUUUCAUUAACAAAACAUUGGCGUGUUGCCAUUACAUAUAUCAAAUAUGAGUCAAGCUUACAAGUCAAAAUUCUACCGAAACAUUUACCUAACACCACUUAAUACAUUGAAAGAUAGCUAGACUAGCUUGCUCUAGUUACUUUGCUGAAUUUCAGUCAAUCAACAUCUGAAAUUCCAUCAAAAAGAUUUACCAACUAAGUUUAAGUCUAGCUAGAUUACAAAAUGAUCAUUGGAGUAACCAAAAAGAAAAGAAACAGAACAGUAGCAUUGUGCUUCAGCUGAUGCAAGGCUUGGCUCGACUGCUUGUUGUGCUUCAUGCUGCAUGUGACCUACUUGGCCACCUUUGCUGCUUCACAUGAUGCAUGGAAACUAACUUCAACAAAAUUUACCAGAGAAUUUGCAGAAAGUAGAAUUCUUGGAGGAGCUUGACUUAAGUGAAACAUCCAUGACAAAACCACCACCCUUCAUUUUUCAAUUUAAAAAUCUUAAAGUUCUUUCUUUUAAUGGGAGAAAGGGACCUCCUUCCAAGUUACAAAAAUAUCUGUCUUCUCUGUUAAAGGUAUUCCAAAGAGGAAGGACAAAUUCCAUGGCUCUAAUGUUGCCUUCGUUGUUAGGUUGGAGUUCAUUAACUAGGCUGAAUCUAAGGGACUGCAAUCUUUGUGAAGGAGAUAUUCCUAGUGAUAUUUCUCGUCUAUCCUCUUUGCAAUGCCUUGAUCUUAGCGGUA